AUGAACGGAGAUGUAUUCAGAAAUGAUCAUAUUCAUUUUGAAAGCAUAUUAUGUUCAGCAAGUGAUAAUAAUGGACUUCAAACCCCUCCUCAUCAAAUUAUCAGUAACACAUACAAUCAAGAAAUAUUAAUUAACAAAAAUAUCUUAAGAAUGUCUACUAAAAGUUUAGCAAAACUUGAUGAAUCUAAA